ACAAUUAAAAAGUAAAAAUGCAAUAAACUUUUGACAGGACCAAGUGCAUUAAAUUUUGAUUUUUCUAACCUAUUUAUUUUAAUGAUUUGGUGCUAUUUUAGGUACAUAAACAUUAGUUUAUAGCGAAGAACACAACAAUUACCACAAUGAGCUUCCUAUUCGGCAGUCGGUCGAACAAGACGUUCAAGCCGAAGAAGAACAUCCCCGAGGGCACGCACCAGUACGACCUGAUGCGGCACGCGGCGGCCACGCUGGGCUCCGGCAACCUGCGCCUCGCCGUCAUGCUGCCCGAGGGCGAGGACCUCAACGAGUGGGUCGCCGUCAACACGGUAGACUUCUUCAACCAGAUCAACAUGUUAUACGGCACAAUCACAGAGUUCUGUACGGAAGACACCUGUGCGGUGAUGUCUGCGGGGCCCAAGUACGAGUACCACUGGGCCGACGGGCAGACGGUGAAGAAGCCCAUCAAGUGCUCCGCGCCCAAGUACAUUGACUACCUGAUGACCUGGGCGCAGGACCAGCUGGACGAUGAGACACUGUUCCCCUCGAAAAUUGGCGUCCCGUUCCCCAAGAACUUCCUGUCCAUGGCGAAGACGAUCCUGAAGCGGCUGUUCCGCGUGUACGCGCACAUCUACCACCAGCACUUCCCGCAGGUGGUGCAGCUCGGCGAGGAGGCGCAUCUUAAUACCUCCUUCAAGCACUUCAUCUUCUUUGUGCAGGAGUUCAACCUGAUCGAGCGGCGGGAGCUGGCGCCGCUGCAGGAGCUGAUAGAGAAGCUGACGGCCAAGGACGCGCGAUAGUGGCGCCCCCACGACACCAGGCCGCGGCCACGACGCCGGCGGGCGGAGCGGCGGACACAGACUAAACACUAGUAUUAUUUACUCUGUGGAGUCGGAGAUUUGUAAGUAAUUCUCCGCCAUAGAAUAAGUAAUACUCCGCCCGCUGGCGUCGUGGACGCGGCGAAACUCACUCACAGCGACACUAAUACUCCCCUCUCUUUCUAACGGCGAUUAUGUUGCCAGGUUACUUCAGUAAUCAUAAAUAUGAAUUUAAAAUCAUUUUCUUAUACAUUACAUCCAUCCUGACGUCCCUCAGCAGGGAUAGGGCUUUUUCAUAUAUUUUUAUUUAUUAUAAAUAUGUAAGUACUAAGUUCCACUCAUGAGAGAAAACUACGUGAACUUGUACAUUUAUUUUCCUUUUUAUAUUGAUUUGCGAGUGGCGAUUUAACAACCUGGCAACCCUACAUGACUGUGUGCCUAGCUUUAACCCCCUUGGCCGACCGAAUUUAUUUUUGUAGCGGUUAUUUUUGAAAAGGAGAUUGAAAACCCCAUUGUAAUAUUAUAGAACAGUUGCUAAUAGUUAUGUAUUAGUUAAUUAAUACAUCACUAUUGUCUAGUGUCCUAAACUUCAAACUGCUUUUUCUACAACUAACAAUAUUUAAAGCCUAUUGCAAUAAUUCUAUCUACUGAUGACUAUGAUUUUGUCACCUAAAAAAUAACUGCUAAUCGUCGAGAGAUAGA